UGGCCCUAUUGGGUUUAUUGCUUUGGUUACCGGCUCAAGCCAAACGAAGGGAGUUUGGUUAUCACUAUUCACCGUCGGCAACCGGAGCCGCCCCGGUGACGCCGUGGGAGAGACAAGAUGGCCGCCAUGAUGGCCGACAAGAUGGCCGACAAGAUGGCUGUCAAGGUGAUGGCCGACAAGAUGGCCGACAAGAUGGCCGCCAAGAUGGCUGCCACCAAGAUGGCCGCCAUGAUGGCCGACAAGAUGGCUGCCAAAAUGGCCGACAAGAUGGCCGCCAAGAUGGACGCCAAGAUGGCUGCCAUGAUGGCCGCCAAGAUGGCCGACAAGAUGGCCUCCAAGAUGGCCGCCAUGGUGGUUGCCAUGAUGGCUGCCAAGAUGGCCGCCAAGAUGGUGGUCGCCAAGAUGGACGCCAAUAUGGCCGCCAAGAUGGAUGCCAAGAUGGCCGACAAGAUGGCCGACAAGAUGGCCGCCAUGGUGGUUGCCAUGAUGGCUGCCAAGAUGGCCGCCAAGAUGGUGGUCGCCAAGAUGGCCGACAAUAUGGCUGGCAAGAUGGCCGCCAAGAUGGCCGCCAAGAUGGCCACCAAGACGGCCGCCAAGAAGGCCGACAAGAUGGCCAACAAGAUGGCCGCCAUGAUGGCCGCCAAGAUGGUGGUCGCCAAGAUGGCCGACAAUAUGGCUGGCAAGAUGGCCACCAAGAUGGCCGCCGCCAAGAUGGCUGCCAAUAUGGCUGCCAAGAUGGCCGCCAAGAUGGCCGCCGCUUCACGUUCGUUAGCGCCAACGUGUGCCUGCUGCCCAGCGGGUUGGCCAAGUUCAGUAACCUGGGUGAGACCAGGAGCAGGGCCCGGUUCUUGGCCCGGUGUCUGGUACCGGAUGGAGCCACCGAGACGGAGCCGCUGGUGGGGGACACAAGGAGACGGGGGUGCAGCCAUGGACCCACAGGAGCAGCUCUGGAGCCCCCCAACGGAGCCCCCCAAGGACAAGGAAUGGGGCACCGUCAUUGACAUCACCGGGGAUGGGGUGAAGGACACGCUAUGGGGCCCAACAGUGACCCACAGCCCAUGGGGUGGGGACAGCAGCACCCCAAAGGACAUGGACACCCUAUGGGGCCCAACCAGGGCCACCCACAGCCCAUGGGGUGGGGACAAGGACACCCCAAAGGACAGCACAACCCUAUGGGACCCAACAACGACCCACACCCCAUGGGGUGGGGACAACACCACCCUAUGGGACCCAACCAGGCCCACCCCAAAGGACCAUGAAACCACAUGGGACCCAACCAGGCCCACCCCAAAGGACCAUGAAACCCUAUGGGACCCAAUCAGGCCCACCCCAAAGGACAAUAACACCCCAUGGGACCCAACCAUAGACACCCCAAAGGACCGUGACACCCUAUGGGGCCCAACAACCACCCACAGCCCAUGGGGUGGGGACAGCAACACCCCAAAGGACAAGGACACCCCAUGGGACCCAACCAGGGCCACCCCAAAGGACCAUGACACCCCAAAGGACCACAAAACCCCAUGGGACCCAAUCAGGCCCACCCCAAAGGACAAGGACACCCCAAAGGACAAUAACACCCCAUGGGACCCAACCACGGCCCCCCCAAUUGCCGGAGCCCCCCACCCCCAUCCACCCCCUCCCCACAUGAACCUGGGUUCCUCCCCCCAGCUGUGGGAUCACUUCCCCCCCUUGUCGGACUUCGUGUGCCUGCAGGAGGUGUUUGACCCCAUAGCUGAGGCGCUGCUGCUCCGCCAGCUGGAGCUGCGCUACCCCCAUAUAUUGUAUGGGGUGGGAGCCGGGGGGCUCCGUGCCGGGGGGCUGAAGUUGCUGGGCAGCGGGUUGAUGGUGGCGUCCCGUUAUCCCAUAACGGCCGCCAGGUUCUACUGUUACCCCAAUGGGGCCAGGGAGGACGCCAUGGCGGCCAAAGGGCUGCUGUGCAUCCAGGUGGGUGCUGAGUCCCCAUCCCAUAAUAGCCCCAUCCCAUAAUAUCCCAUUCCCAUAAUAACCCUAUCACAUAAUAGCCCCAUCCCAUAAAGUCCCAUUCCCAUAAUAACCCUAUCACAUAAUAGCCCCAUCCCAUAAUACCCCCAUCCCAUA